UUUCCUCUUCCGUUGCUCCACGGAAACCCUAACACCGCCGCGGCCGCCCCCCAACACCCGCAGUGAGAAAGAAUGACAACCCGGUUCAAGAAGAACAGGAAGAAGCGCGGCCACGUGAGCGCCGGACACGGCCGCAUCGGGAAGCACCGGAAGCACCCCGGUGGCCGGGGGAACGCCGGAGGGAUGCACCAUCACCGCAUCCUCUUCGACAAAUACCACCCGGGCUACUUCGGCAAGGUCGGCAUGAGGUACUUCCACCGCCUCCGGAACAAGUUCCACUGCCCCAUAGUCAACAUCGACAAGAUCUGGUCGCUUGUCCCGCAAGAGGUCAAGGACCAGGCCACCAAGGACAAGGUCCCGCUGGUCGACGUUACGCAGUUUGGCUACUUCAAGGUCUUGGGCAAGGGUGUUUUGCCGCCGUCCCAGCCGGUGGUUGUCAAGGCCAAGCUCGUUUCCAAGAUCGCCGAGAAGAAGAUUAAGGAGGCCGGCGGGGCCGUCGUCCUAACCGCUUAGGUUCGGUUGCUUUUGGUUAUUAAACUUUCUUGCCGAUUUUAGGGUUUUCCAGUUUUUGGUUUUUCUUGUCAUUGUUAAAUUGAAGUUCCGAGGCAAUUUUCUGAGUUUUGAUUAAUAUAUGAACAUCAUUUACUUAAUUUUAGGUCUGUUGGUUGGAAUUAUAUAUUUUGAUAAAAAUAUCUGCCAUUUGAUGCGAUGGAUA